AUGUCCCCCCCACUUCCGGUUCAACUGAGCCGCUGCGAGGCCAAGCUGGCCAGCUUGCCGCGUGUGGGGCUUCGCUUCGCUUUGCCGAACCGCUUCGGUCAACUCACCUGGCUGGGCUAUGGGCCACAGGAGUCCUAUCCAGACCGCAAAGCCGGAUCUGAUUGGACCGUUCAUUGCCGCGAUGUUGAUGCAUCCCACGUGCAGUACAUUGUGCCCAGUGAGAAUGGUGGGAAGGCCGAUGUGCAGUGGGCAGCUUUCACGGCGAGCAGCGGUGAAGGCUUGUUGCUCGAGUACUCCUGCGAUGACGCUGCAGCAGAGGUGGAUGAUCCUCGAGAUGGGAAGGCCAAGCAGCGGCCAGCGAUGACGAAAGGAGCUCAAUUGUCUGCGUCGAGGCCAACCUACAGUCAAGGCCAAUACAUGUUCAUUUGGAUACAGCGCAUUGUGGCGUUGGUGGAGUUGGUGAAGGAUCCGCAGGUGAUGAAGGCUCUGAAGAUGCGUCAGGCUCAUGAAGGCUGGUUUUGGGAUAUGUUGAAGCUGUUUCACAGGGGGGGUCUCAUGAGCUCUCAGCCCCCGGACACCGAUGGCCUGGUGGAUGCCGUGGUGCCCGCCUUGGCGGAGACCGUGGAGCGCUUGGAGGAGCUCCAUGGAGGCCUAGUGGACGAGGGCGAGCGGCCGGAACGACCGGUGACCCCUCAAGAGGAGCUGGCGAGCUUGUUGGAGAGAGCGCAGGAGUUAUCCGAGGUGAAGAUCCCCGAAGCCUUGCAAAGCCGAAAGAACCGCCCUCCCAAAGUGACGGAGGGUCAGAAAGCCACGUUGGCGCAACUGUCGGUGGCUGCGCGCUUGCGCGGGCGGCUGGCUGACUUCGAAGAGCUGGCGCCACAAAGCCGGCCGACGGAAGAGGCUCCCGACACACUAGGCAUCCUUUCGCAUUGGCAUGAAAAAGUAAGCAAGGAGGAACUGGGACGAUCCGAUGCUGCUCAAGUGCUGAGUGCUUUGAUCAGGGGAGAGCGGACGAUUGCCGAGUUGCAACGAUCAGAGGCUGCGUGUACUCGGCGUUGGGCUGCUCUGUCACAGGAAGCUCGCCAACGACUGGAUCGAAUCAAGGGCCUCAGGUUGAAGGCGCAGUCCUGUGAUGAACGACAACGGUCCAUGCUGCUUGCAGCGGGAGAGCGUCGGAAGGUGCUGUGGUCACAGCUUUGCAAUCAAAGCGAUCAGCCUGAAACUGCAUCUAGGGUCCAUGAUCAGCUCUUGAAGCUGGACUCGCAGCGACAAGAGCUUCAGUCCGCCAUUUCCACUUGCCAGGCUCAACUGCACCGAGUGGCAUCCAAGAGGCGUCAAGCUCUGCGGAUUCUGGAUUCAACGACACAACUGGGAGGGCCCAGAACUGGUGAAACCGCAACAGGUGAGUCCGGUGGAGCUAAGGCUCCAGCUCUUGAGACCAUCAUUCAAGCUGAGCUUGAAGCCGAGAGCUUGUUGUGGGAUCUUUAUCUUGCCGAACGUGGGCGCGAACGGAGAACGGAGGCAAUGAGUGACGCGAUUCCGUCGGCCCCACAGCGUCCAGAUGAGCCUCCAAAGGAUGAGUGGCCAGGCCAGCCUUCAGAGGUUCCAACGUUUGCACCGCAGCCUGACCUGCAGAACGAUCCUGCUGAUUUCACUUGGUCAGUUGAGCAUGCCCAACCUGGAGAAGCUCCCCUGACCGGUGCACCUUUAGCCCCCCGGGUGGCACAGCUCAUCCAACGGCUGGCCCUUUCGAGAGACGACCGGCGGGAGUACGAACGGGCCCAAAGGGCGGGAGGAGGACCUGAACGAAGGGAUGGCAGCCCCGUUCGCCAUGAUCCAAUUGGUGGAACCCAGCCAGCACUUUCCUUGAUGAAGGUCGUCCUUGAUCCAGAGGGUGUGAAACAACCCCCGGCGCUUGAAGAGCCCGUGUGGCAAGAUGAAGCGCCCGUGUGGCAAGAUGAAGCGGCCGUGUGGCCAGCUGAAGAGCCCAUCCGAUGGCCGUCACUGCCUGAAUUCAAAGAGAAUGAAAAUGAGCCCAUCGUCCCAGAACCUACAUGGAAGGCCUCAGCUCCAGAAGUGAUUUGGGGAGAACUUCCAUUUGCGCCGCUCUAUCCUCAAUUGGUGAGUCAAGAUGCGAGCCAUGCAUGUUCCUGCCUAAGUUUGCUCAGGAACUGGAAGCACAAUGUCGUGUAA